GGGAGAUUUGGAUUCAAUCACCAGUCACCACAGUUGAGGAAGAGAAGUGAAGCAGAGCUUCUUCUUCUUCUUCUUCUCUAAUGAAGCUUCUCGCUCUUUCUCAUCCCCCCAGCUUCUGUUCUCCUCCACAGUUUUCCCUUCAACGCAAAUUUCGCGUGUCAUGCUCUUCAAUUGGAUCCGAAUCGGGUAAGGUCACAAUCGCAUCUUCGAAAGCUGAAUACAAGCCAGGCAUUAUCGAUGACUUGCUUCUAACUUUGUUCCGGAAAAAGAUGGUGGAGGAGAUUGGAUGGGAUUCCGAGAAACCUGGAUAUGAUGGACUCAUUGAAGUGGUGAACUGUCUUAUGAUGAAAGGCCAAACUAAUUCUGAAACUCAGGAAGCAGCGGUACGAAUAUUGAGAUCACUGUUUCCUCCUUUUCUACUAGAACUUUUUAAAAUGCUAAUAGCACCUUUAGGGAGUGGAAAAGUUGCUGCCAUGAUGGUUGCAAGGGUAACUGCACUCUCUUGCCAGUGGCUCAUGGGUAAUUGCAAGAUUAACACCAUUGAUCUUCCUAAUGGAUCAUCUUGUAGAAGCGGGGUGUUGGUAGAAAGAUGCAAAUAUUUGGAAGAAAGCAAAUGUGUGGCAAUUUGUUUAAAUACAUGUAAGCUGCCAACACAGACUUUCUUCAAGGACUACAUGGGUGUUCCUUUACUGAUGGAACCUAACUUCAGUGACUAUAGCUGUCAGUUCCAAUUUGGUGUUCUUCCUCCUCAGCAUGCAGAGGAUAAGACCCUCAAGGAGCCUUGCUUGGAAAUGUGCCCAAAUGCUUUUCAGCAUCAAGGCAGAGGAGUUCUCAGAGAUGAAGCACAAUGCCCAAAGGCAAACUGAAUCUGUCCUCUUUUCCCAUGGACAUUGUAUAGCCCUAGUUAUGGUGUAAAGAUCUUCUCCAACGUGCCUAGCACAGCAUUCAGCAGUUGGAGGACCCGGGCAUGCACUCCAACACAUUACUUCUUUCUCUCUCUCUCUCUCUCUCUCUCUCUCCACCCUUUUGGAUGAUUCCAAAUCAAUGUAUCAUAAUUUUACUGAGGUUGGGUAGAGAAUGAGUUUAAGAAUAUAUUGACUGAGGGGUUCGGCCCAUAAUAGUUACUCCAGGUUAUUGCAGUUUUA